CCAAUUAUCUUUAAAUCUCCCGGUCUCAAGCCAGAUGUCCGCCUCACCGUUUUCGGGCAGGUGUUUCACGUCCAUUCGAUAAUCCUGAAGCUCCACAGCAACUUCUUUAGAAAAUUUCUGGAUUCGGCAGACAAAGUAGCUGCGCCUGCUUCAGCAUCUUUCCAAUAUGAUUAUGUAUCGGUCUUCGAUGCUGAUGGGGACUGGGGACUUGAGCCUACUGCUGCCAAGGUUCCACAAGCAAGGGAGAUAGAGCCUUUUCGGAAGCUCCUGUGCUCGAUGUAUACUCGCCCAUACGUGAUCAACGACGUAGUCGAGCUCCUGACCCUCGUACGUCUUGCAGACUACUAUUGCGCACUGCCGAACCUCUCGGGAACUAUCACUGGCCAGAUAAUUUUCGCUGCCAAGAAAUUGCGACAUCCAAUUCUCUUCAGAGAGUGUUUUAUCCACCUCGUUUCCUCAUUACAUGACUUCUAUUCGUUGUCCCUCCCAGCACUUCGUAAUGACAAGGACCUGUGGCUAGUACUUACUGAGGGAAAAUCAUCUCUACGAAAAAAGAUUCUCCAAACACAACAUUUUGUCUUAAUGAUGUGCUUGGAUAGGCACUUGGAAGAAGAUCUUCGCCUGGUCAUGGCAUAUUUUCGGAAGCCAGAAUAUUGCUCCUCGGGCUUCAGGCAAUUGCUGGCUAUUCUUGACAAGAAAAAACAUUUCAGAGCGAUUGAGUCCAUUGAAGAAGUUCUGCAAAACAAUUUGGUCUUGGAUCAGACUAAUUUCGGUGCCGGUGAAGGACCAUACACUAAACGCUAUCUCUGCGCAGAACUUGCGGAUGACGAUAUGCCAUGGGACGCUGCUGAGUCUGAUUGGUAG